GAUGCUGACAUCAAGGAAAUCUGCCCAUGGGUUUGCUCUGAGCCUUUGUUUGCUGGUCACCAGAACUGCGCUUUGCUCUGGUGGUGACAGUUGCCCGUCCACCAUUGGGACAGAGCACCAGGGAUUUGUCCACCGGUCCCAGUGUUAUCAAUUUGUGAACCGUAAGGAGUGGUGGGGAACGGCACGCGACUUCUGUGCCAGGAAAGGAGGUCACCUCAUACAGUUAGACAAUGCUGAAUUGGCGGCGUUCAUCAAGGACAAACUGAGAGGCAAUUUCGGGGACUGGGACAAGGUUUGGAUAGGAGCAAAUGACAGAGGGACGGAGAACAAAUGGAUAUGGGAUGGCUCAGACGAAGAGAUCUCUUACAGCAACUGGGGUCAGGGACAGCCCGCAACCUCAAUCAUUGUUGGUCCGUUCGAAGACUGUGCCACGAUGGAGAAGGCAGACGAUUACCGCUGGCACGAUCAUGCAUGUGGCAUCGUGGGACAGGCGUAUCAAUUUAUUUGUCAAUAUGAUGCCGUUAAUAGGACCACGACCACAAGUACCACUACUUCAUCAACAAUAACAACAGAAACAACAACAGGGACAAAAACGGCAAAAACAACAACAACAACAAUAAGGGAUCCAUCAUCAACAACCGUCGCACCACCUGCGGCAGGCAACAGAACAGCUGGGAACCACUCAACACCAUCAGCCUUGUUGUCCAAAACAACAACAACUACCAUGACAAUUCCAUUAUUAUCAUCAUUAACACCAGUCGUACUACCAUCGCCAGGCAGCAAAACAGCUGGGCACCACCCAACAACAUCAUUUCAAUCAGCACGUGACAGUUGCCCGUCUACCAUUGGGACAGAACACCAAGGGUUUGUCCACCGUUCCCAAUGUUAUCAAUUUGUGAACCGUAAGGAGUGGUGGGGAACGGCACGCGACUUCUGUGCCAGGAAAGAAGGCCACCUCAUACAGUUAGACAAUGCUGAAUUGGUGGCGUUCAUCAAGGGCAAACUGAGAGGGAAUUUUGGGGACUGGGACAAGGUUUGGAUAGGAGCGAAUGACAUAGGGACAGAGAACAAAUGGAUAUGGGAUGGCUCAGUGUGA